UGUCUCUUGAGUCGUUGACCGCACAUACGGUCACGCGGUAAAAAACUUUAUUAAAAAAGCACAUCAGUAUAUAAAACAGAUGCAGCGCAUUGCUGCUUUAAAAAUUGCGACAUUAUACAAAGUGUUAUGAGUUUUAUGAAUGCAAUUAGUGUUAAAGAACAUCAGAUCCAGCGCUCGGAUUAAUAAGUGACAUAAAACGAGUCAUAUGUAAAGGUGAAAAUGGGUAGCUGGCUAAGCUAUCUUUGGUGGGGUGGAGACCCAGAUAUAGUAAACACACAGUCUGGUCUGACGAGACGUGAGGUAUAUGCAGUUCAGCAGUCAUGGGCGCCAGUAUAUGCUAACUCUGUUGCAAAUGGAACCGAAUUGUUAAGGAGAUUGUUCCAAGCAUAUCCAGAAACAAAAGAAUUUUUCAAAAUGAUAAAGAAGUCUUCAGAUGAGGAUUAUUCUCAAAACCCUCAGUUCAAAGCGCACGUGAUCAAUUUGAUGAGCUCAAUUAACUUGGCCGUUCUCAACCUCAAUCAGCCGGAAGUAGUCGCCGCCAUGAUGAACAAACUGGGAGAGUCGCACGGAAGACGAAAAAUACAAAAAGAACAUUUCUAUAGCUUAAAGGACGUCAUAGUGAAAAUGUUCAUCGAAGUUUUAAAACUGGAAGGAGCGACGCUCGCUGCCUGGGGCAAGACAGUGGAUUUUUGGUACAAGCACAUCUUCGAAUCGUUAAGUCAUGGAGACAGGAGAUAACGCUUGAAGCCUGACACACAAAGAACAUAAUAAAUAAAUUCCAUAGCUUUGCAUCUUAGUUAACUCAACUAAUAUUUGCAUAUCUAGUUUAAAUAUGUUUAUUAAGAAAUUAUACCGGAAAUGUCGAUUCUGAAUCACCACUGAUUUCUAAAAGGCCUUUAAUGAAUAAUAUUUAAUGUUAUAUUUAAAAUAGUGAUAAAAUUUUAUAAAAUUUGAUAAAUAAGUAGCUAUAGUUUAUACAUAGCUAUAAAACCGCUUAUUUAAUCUAUGAAAUAAGUAGUUGUUUUGAUUAAAUAUAUUAGUAAAAUAUAUUGUAAUAAUAUUUAAAAUAUUUAUAUUUAAACAUAUCAAUACGACGUGUAAUAUUCUAUCUCUUUGAAUUUAUGGAUUUAUAAUUUUUACAGUUUUAUAAUAGAAUGAAUACGUUUUGGUAGCAGCAAGAAAUAUAAAGCUUUUGUGAUUUCCCCUUGGAACACUUCUGGAACUUGACUUUACGUAUUCCUUGAUAAAAUUGAUUAAGUGCGCGAUAUAUAUGUAUGUAUGAGAGUUCAGAGAACUGUACUAAGGCGCUUAUCACAGAAAAUGUAAAAGUUAUAUGACUUUGAUUAAAUUAUCUUUAAAAUCAAAUAAUGUAUAAUUUUAUCGCAUUUUAAAAGGCACCCAUUUAUAACUCGAUGCUUCAUCGAUUUUAUUAUUACAAAUUCAUUUCAAGGAUAGUUUCAGGAUAGAUCAAGGAGCAAACUUUUAAGCCAAGCUCAUCACCAAAAUACACCUAAUUCUUAAAAUAUAGUACCAAUCUUCAAUAUAAAUAAUAUAGAUGUUUAAUUUUUAUUAAUAAUUUUAGACAAAGUUUUUCUUUCUUUAUAUGUAAUUUAAAUCAUUUGUUACGUAUUAUAAUAGUGCAGCCCUGUGUUCUGAACCGUGUGUUAGAAGUCAAUUCUUUCCCAAUACAAAAUAUUAAUCCAAGCCGUGAUAGGUCGAGUGCAUGUGUAUUUGUGGGUAUGAAUUCGUGUGUGUAUGUGCUGUUUUAUUUUUUGGUUAGAGUAGGUUUCCAUUUAAAAGUACGAUACUUAAUAUAUUUUCUAAUUCUGUCUGUCUGUCUGUCAGUUAAACUGUUAAAAUCAAAACAUUGUUAAUGUUUUAAUACACCAAUUGAAAUUCCAAAAAAAAUCGUAGCUUGACAUUUUCUUUUUUUUCAAGAUUGAUUGAUUUAUCUUUCUGUAAGACCUUAGUAUGAGAAUAUUGUACUUACUGUUGCUAUGCAAAACUACUUUUCACUUUAUGAAGAGGAAAGUUAUCGCUUAACAUGAUAAUAUGUUGGAUGUUGGGUAUGGCAAGUACAUGACUGUCUUAAGUAGAGCUCAUUAGGCCCGCUCAGCUUCUAGCUAAAACACACCUGGAGUUUUAGCAACAGCACCCUAUGCACUGCCUACGAAUACGAUCCGUCUGAGUUUUAAAACCACAAAAGAACAUUGCCACGAAUACCAAUAUUCUCAAGUCGAGUUAAUAAUGUUUUGAUCAAAUGUAUGUCUUCUGAAGAUCCCAAAAUAUUCCCAGACAUGUGUCUUUAUUAUCAAUGUUUUAAAUUAUCCUCUCCUGUAAAGGUUAACUGAUAAGUAAUUAUGAUUUUUCAAAUAUGCAAUUAAUCUUAUAUUAACAAUUUUUCUAAUUUUCGAAAGCGUACUUAAUACAGAAAUAGGUGGGUCUAUAAUUAGUCGAUUCCGCUUGAUCCCCACCUUCGUAAAUAGGGCGAUACGACAGCAUUCUUAAAUAUCGUUGGAGAGACACCAGACUCAAAAUUUAAAUUGAGUUAAUAUGACUAUUUAAUAUAAUAUGACAAUGUUCAAUAUGAAAAAUUGAUUAAAUAUGACAGUCAGCUACUGUAUACCUAUUUUUUUUAAAUACGUGAUCUUAUCUACGUCUGAUGAUUUUUCUUUGUUUGCAGACUAGAUGUAGUACUAACAACUUAAUCUGAAAUUCUAUAGAUACGACAUAGAUUUAAUUAGUUAUGAAACUUAACCUCAAUAGAAAUUAUAAUAUCAUCGGUAUUAAAUUUUUCUAGUGUUUGAACAGCCAACUUAACUCCCACUGAUGUAAAAAACUUAUUGACAUGGUUAAGAAUCUAUUGGAGUUGAAUUUAUUUUACCAAAUAAAACCAUUUGACAUUGACGUAAAAGGGGACCUAGAUAAAAACAUUGUAGUCAUUUCAGUGUCAUUGAAGUCACGGCCACCAGUUAUUUACAAAUAGCAUAAAAUUGGCCACAGAUAUAAAGUGGCAUUUGCUCCCAGUAUCAAUACACAUCAUAAAACUAUGAGUCGAUAUAGUUCUUAUGUUGUCCUUAUAUUUAUAGUUUUUGUAACAAUUAUGUUAUACAUGCUUUAACAAUAAAUAAAUAAAAAAGAAACAGAAAUACAUUCGAUUUUUAAAACGACUUUGUGAAAAUAUAUCAGAAUGCGACGAAAACAGACAUAAUAAAAUAUUGAAUUACUUUUAAUCAUGAUGUAAAUACCACACACAUAAAGCAUGCAUGUUCUGUAAAUAUGUGCAGAGUACUAAAGUAGGUACAUAUACAUACAAUCAUAUUUGCAAAUAUUGUGUUAAUUUUACGCGAUUUGUUUAAACAGUAAAAUAUUAUCUACUUGUAAAUAAAUAUUCACAUUACCUAAGAA